AUGCAUCUUCCUUUGCUCUUGGUAACGCUGAGCGUCUGUGGUGCCCUAGCUGCACCUCUGGAACCUCAGAAACCACUAGUGGUCAAUAUAGGACAUGCUGGGCCUCACAAGGUUUCGGACCCAUACAAACCCGGAGUCACGGAUCCUUAUGAUCGGAAAGUCGAUUCAGAUGGUGACAAUUUACAGCCGUUGCCUUAUCGCAACGGCGAUGGUGCCAGCGUUCUCGGUCCCCGCAAUCGCGGCCGUGAACGCCAGAAUCCAGAUCUCAUCCGUCCUCCUAGCACAGAUCACGGGGCAAUCCCCAACAUGAGAUGGUCCUUUGCCGAUUCCCACAUCCGCAUUGAAGAAGGCGGGUGGACCCGAGAGACCACUGUCCGCGAGCUCGGCACCAGCAAGGAACUCGCUGGCGUAAACAUGCGUCUAGAUCACGGCGUCAUCCGCGAAUUGCACUGGCACAAGGAAGCCGAAUGGGCCUAUGUACUCGAAGGCGAAGUCCGCAUUACUGCACUCGACGCGGAGGGUGGAAGUUUUGUCGACGAUUUGAAAAAGGGGGAUCUAUGGUACUUCCCAUCUGGCCACCCGCAUUCCCUACAGGGCCUAAGUCCCAACGGCACUGAAUUCCUGCUCGUCUUUGACGACGGCAACUUCUCCGAGGACUCGACCUUUCUGCUCACAGAUUGGAUGCGUCUGACGCCCAAGUCUGUGCUCGGAGAGAACUUUCGCGUUGCCCCAGAAGUCUUUGAUGCGAUUCCAGAAAAGGAAAAGUAUAUUUUCCAAGGCAGUGAACCGGGAAAGAUUGAGCAUGAGAUUCCGAGCGGGAGCAAAGGGUACAGAAAGUCUAAACUACAGUUUACCCAUCGCAUGCUCGAUCAGGAACCAGUCAACACGACUGGUGGCCAAGUCCGCAUCACCGACUCGACAAAUUUCCCGAUAUCAAAGACGGUAGCAGCCGCACAUCUCAAUAUCCAACCCGGAGCAAUCCGUGAAAUGCACUGGCAUCCCAACGCAGACGAAUGGUCCUUCUUCAUCAAAGGCCGAGCCCGCGUCACCAUCUUCGCCGCCAAAGGCACAGCCCGCACCUUUGACUUCCAAGCCGGCGACGUCGGCCGACGAGGAGGAGGUCGAGGUGCUCGAGAUAUUCCGCGCCGACAAGUUUCAGGACUUUAG